AUGGAUAUAUCGUCGCUCGUACGGGCUGUGACCGCAGCUUUCGAAGAUGCCUCGAGUCUGGUACAGCGCAUCCGCGAUCAGAGAAAGUCCGGGAGCACUACACGGCUUCCAGAAGAGCCUACCCGAGAGCUAUUGGAAUCUCUAGCCCUGGGGCCUGUCAUUGUUCGCGGUCACUAUGACCAUGACUUGAAGCGCUUCGGAGAGCCAUACGCAUGUGGGGACAUACAAGCUCGUGAACAGAUGAAAGAUGUCUUGAUCAAUCUCCAGAUGACUCUCAUCAUCACUCUGCGGAGUGUGUAUAUGGACGAGAUGGAUCUCGACUUCAACACACUUCAAACAGCCUCGGACGAUUGUCGUGUGAAUGCCGGGGUCUGCCUUGGGCAGUUGUCUCAACGUCUUUCCGACGCCGUGAAAGCGCAGGCGUGCUAUCCUCAAAACAUGGCCUACUCCUCAAGCGCGAGCCUCAUGCCACCAAUGUCUCCGUCGCUCGGGUAUUCUAGUAGUCGGAGCACACAAUCGUCAGCAGCCUUUGCAGCUCCUCAGACGCCAGACACUGUCAUGGAACAAUUCGGCAAUCUCGCUGUCUCGCCACCUGUGCAUCCUCCAUAUAUGGACCGAAAGAUGUCCAUGCGCUCGGGGGACUCCCAGGAGCGCCGUGAACGAACAUCCUUGGCCCCCGCGGCUGCAGAGUUUCAAAUCACCGUACCUCCUAUUGGCGUCCACAAAAUUGACGAUCCGGAUGCAAUGAGCUUACGACGGAGGUCUUCCCAAGCACUUGCGUCCGAUGACAACAUUUUACUCCUCUUUCCCCAACCCGGUGGCCAGCCGAUUGUGUCCUCCGCACCGUCUGGUAAAGAACCAGAUCGGGGGUCCUUUGGGUCUUCAGGUAGAAGCAGCCAAGGGUACUUUUCUCCGGACGUCUCGCGAGCCUCAAGCGGUCACCGAAGUCAGAACUCGCGAGAUCGAUAUGGCCCCGACGAUUAUGGUGAACAUGAACAAACUCAGCGGUCCGAUGGCAGACAAUACAGCCAUGGUACGAUAUAUGACAUGUACCAGCCUUCGAGUCCCGAGAAACAGCCUUCUUCCACUUCCUAUUCAACACGAGCUCAAGCUGCUAACCACAGCUCCUUGGAUUAUGUUCGGUACUUACAAGAAAACAGCAGACCACCUCGGGCCCUACCGAGAACUGACUCCCUGACACCGUUCAAAAGAAUAGAUCAUAUCCACGAACAUCUUCGCCACCCAGUUCGUUUAGCAAAGGAUGCCCAGACAUCGCGACAGUAUGAAAGCAGCCCUUCUUUUUCUACUCCGAUUCCAGUUGACUCACGUUAUGAACUUCGCUCGUCUCCCUCGAACCCUACAUCUCGGCCUCCAUCUCAUCAUCAGUCGACUGGCUCAAGGCACCUUUCACCCACGGUUUUAAGUUCCUCCAUAGGCGUCCCGUCCAUAGACGCCCCGUCCGUACACACCGUUGCAUCCUCGACCCCGUCCGUCAACUCUGCCAUGGCUAGCGGACCGGUGAUGCUGCCCACGGAUAAAAACUUGAUGGGUUUCUGUAAAGGAGCGUUUCGUCUUCAGGCCGGUCUCGAACGCAAAGCCUUUUCACUCGUCAAUCGUCCAGCCGGAUUGGCCAGCAUGAUUACGUCUUGGAAAUGCGAGAAAUGCAAUUUCGAAGGGCCCGUCUAUGAGUCGGUCGGGGUAGCUGAAGGAAAGAAGAAAGGCAAAUCGCAGCGCUCGUUCGACCCCAAGGUCCGCACCUCCGAAGGCGGAGGCGUAAGGUAUCGAUGGGCCUUUCUAGCUAGAUGUCACGUCGCCUUGAAAGCAAUGGUCCCCACCAACACCGCACUUGGCAGAGAAGGCGGCUUUGGGAGCUACGGGUGUAUCUUUUGCUGCGCCGAGGGUAGGAGUCGAGGCUGGUUGGACGCUGGCAACGCGCUCGCCAGUGGCGCCGCUUCGAGCAAAGGGUCAAGUGGGAGUGUCAGGUCAGGAAAUACCGCGAACACCGCCAUCAAGAUAACCGACACUGGCACCCAAGUAACGACGCCGAUCUUUGGGAACGUGGCGAGCUUCAUGGACCAUCUCGAGACUGUGCAUCGUGGACAGGAUGGCUGGCCUAACGCCGAGAUGGUUGGGCGGUUUAGGGUUGUGCUGGGUCGAGUUGCUCCCGCUGAAGAGCAUGAUUGGGAGAUCAACUUCGUCCCGUUUUGA